UUUUCAAAUUUAAUCUACAUCUAAAACGUAUGCAACUAACAAUACAGGCAGACGUAUAAUUAGUUGAAAGAAUCUACAUUUACUUAAAUUUAAAAGCUUAAAUUGUUUUUGUGUAAUCAAUUAUUUAAAUUAUAUAAAAGGAUUUCCUGGGCUUCGAUAACAAUUUAUAUCUUAUUUUAAAUCUUUAUGUAGAACAUUUUUGUCAAUCCUUUGAUGUCAUUCUAUGAGUCAGGCCGACAGUGAAUUGGCAACCGCAAACAAAAAGAAAUUCCCCCAAAACAGCUGUUUUUAACAACUGACCAAAUGAACGUUGAGUUGACUGAAAGUUGCUGAUUAUGGUUAUAAUUGAUUUAAAAAGUGCAUUAAUGAACUAUUUUAUGUCUGAAAGUGAAUAAAGUGUAGUGAAAAAUUUGCGGUACAAUCAUUUAAAACUGGUGAGGGUUAAAUUUAAAGCGUCUAAUUAGAAAAAGAGUAAUGACAGAAAAUGGAGUCCGGAAACUCGCCGCAGCGAAUGUUACGUCACAGCAUCGCCGUCACGCCAGAAUCAUCUCCAGGACGACGCAGAUCGUCGUUCUUGCACCUCCACAUUCCAGAGACGAAUUGGCGAGGUUCCCUGUCGCACCUCCAUUUACCCACGUUUUCUCUGACCACUCCGGAUGGAGAACAGAGCCUCACCAGCAAAUUUACCUUCGGUCUGGGUAUCAGAAGGCAUUCUCAUAAUACGCUGCAUCGUUCUGAGUCCAUGGUAUCACUCUGCUUUCGAUCCCUGACAGGUUUUAUAAACGAUGACAAUUUACGGGGAUUGCAGUCAUUUCUGGAAAGCAGACAGGCACAGGUCGAUGAUAAAGAUGAGAACGGAACCACAGCCCUCAUGGUGGCUGCGGCCAAAGGCAAAUCCACGAUGGUUCGAGAAUUGUUGACGCAUGGAGCUGAUCCCAAUCUAGAGGACAACGAUUCGUGGACGGCACUGUUGUGUGCUGCCAAAGAAGGACACACCGACAUAGUUCUUCAAUUACUAGAUCACAAUGCAGCUAUUGAUCAUAGAGAUAUUGGUGGUUGGUCGGCUCUCAUGUGGGCGACAUACAAAGGUCGCGUGGAUACCGGCCUGAUCCUAGUAGACCGAGGUGCGGACGUUAACGCUCAUGGAAAUUUUCACGUGUCUUCGUUACUAUGGGCUUCCGGUAGAGGCUACACAGAUAUCGUAGAGUGUCUUUUGCAACGAAAUGCUAAAGUAAACGUAGGAGACAAAUAUGGUACGACAGCGUUGGUCUGGGCGAGUCGUAAAGGAUAUACGGAAAUAGUGGAAUUGUUAUUAAAAGCUGGUGCUAAUGUGGAUACAGCUGGUAUGUACUCGUGGACAGCUCUACUCGUAGCUACAUAUGGAAACCACGUCGAUGUGGUUAAUCUACUUCUUGAACACAAGCCAAAUGUUAACGCGCUAGACAAGGAUGGAUGCAGUCCGUUAACUAUUGCUUGCAAAGAAGGAUUUUAUGAGAUAGCCACGGCGUUGAUGGCAGCUGGUGCUUAUAUUAAUAUUCAAGAUCGAUCUGGUGACACAAACCUAAUCCACGCGGUCAAGGGUGGCCACCGAGGAGUUGUGGAAGUUCUUCUAAAGAAAUACGCCGACGUAGACAUCCUCGGUAAAGACCGCAAGACCGCCAUCUACGUAGCGGUUGAAAAAGGCAACUUGAACGUGCUCAAACUUCUUCUAACCUGCAACCCAGACCUGGAAUUGGCCACGAAAGACGGCGAUACUCCUCUCCUGAAGGCGGUACGGUCUCGAAACUCCGAAAUAGUGCAAUUGUUAGUCGAUAAGAAAGCCAAAGUUUCAGCAGCGGAUAAGAAAGGAGAUACGGCUCUACACGUAGCGAUGAGAGCUAGGUCGAAAGCCAUCGUGGAGAUAUUGUUGAGGAAUCCGAAGAAUAGCCAGCUUUUGUAUAGACCGAAUAGAUCGGGGGAGACUCCCUAUAACAUCGAUGUGAAUCACCAGAAGACGAUUUUAGGACAAAUUUUUGGUGCAAGGAGAUUAAAUACAAAUGAAGACAACGAAAAUAUGUUAGGUUAUGAUCUGUAUAGUAGUGCGUUAGCUGACAUAUUAAGCGAACCUUCCCUUUCCAUGCCCAUAAUGGUAGGCCUCUAUGCCAAGUGGGGUAGCGGAAAGUCAUUUCUGCUCAGUAAACUUAGAGAUGAAAUGAAGAAUUUUGCCCGUGAAUGGGUGGAUCCCGUCUUCCAGUUUUCCACAUUGCUCUUUCUUGUUAUUGCACAUAUUUCCAUAGUUAUAGCUAUAGUUUUAGGCCUUUCCUUUCAAUCAUGGGAAGUAGGGUUAUCUGUUAGUGCCGGCGUUAUAAUUUUAUGUUACGUAAUACUCGCCAAUAUUUGGAUCGCUAGUAAAAAGUACGACUGGGAUUGGGCCUACAAUUUCAACGUUCAACUCACUAGAAAAAUGAACAAUCUCAGACUCAUGUUGCAAAUUCUCUUUUGCCAUCCUCCUGGUGCCACACACGACGGACUUGCCGUUCAACCAAUCAGAUUUUUCUUCACUGAUCAAACUAGAGUAAGCAGUACAGCCGGCGGUGAAAACUCAGUAGUUCAAAUGAUCGGUUCUCUUUACGAUGCUAUUGAAAGUCGCUAUGGAUCAGUCGCUACUAGAUUGUACAGAGCAUUCAAACCUAAACCAGUGAAAAGUGCGUCGAGUUGGACAUAUAGAAAAGUAUGUUGUUUACCAUACGUCGUCUUCUUCGAAGUGACGUUAUUAAUGUUAUUAACUGGAACGUGUGCCUUGACUAUAUACCUUAUCCAUGUUAGUGCGACAGCUACCGUUACUGACAUCAAUGAAUUUACGCUAAAAAUGAUUCUGGUUGUUGCCGCCUUGCUGCUCGGCGUCGCAUGCCUAGCCAAUAUGUAUACCUGGAGUAGGAUGUUGAAAGCUUUACUUUUUUCCCAAAGGAGACACCUCCAAAGGUCUAUAUCUAAGUUGGAAACAUUGAAGUCUGAGGGAUUUUUGCAAACACUUAGACAAGAGGUUAAUUUAAUGAAAGACAUGGUAAAAUGUUUAGACAGUUUGAGCAGUCAACAAACCAGACUCGUAGUGGUAGUGGACGGACUCGAUAGUUGUGAGCAAGAUAAGGUGCUGCUUGUUUUAGAUACUGUACAUAUGCUUUUUUCCGACGCGAACACCCCGUUCAUUGUGAUAUUAGCCAUAGAUCCACAUGUUAUUGCCAAGGCUGUAGAAGUCAAUACUAGAAGACUAUUUAGUGAGAAUAAUAUCGGAGGGCACAAUUAUCUAAGCAAUAUGGUACAUCUACCCUUCUAUCUACAAAAUUCCGGUUUGAGAAAAGUGAAAGUUGCCCAGCAGACUGCGCUUGCGCAUAGGAAACAAGUCGGAAAUUGGACCGAGAACGAUGAGAAUCUCAACAGUUUUCUGGCUCGAUCGGCAUCGAGCAGACGAUUGUCCAACGAAAAAGCUUUGAUGUCCAGUACAGAAAAUCUAGGAAAGUUCCCCGGAAGAAAAGGGUCGAGGAAACUAAAAAUGUCCGAAUCUGUAGCAAGUUCGAUCGGUUCCAAUCUGAAUCGGAUAGGUGGCGCUCAGGAUCUUACUAAGAUGUUACUUACUGAUGACUAUUUCAGCGAUGUGAACCCACGUUCGAUGAGAAGACUGAUGAAUGUUGUGUAUGUUUCAGGCCGAUUACUUAAAUCAUUCCAAAUAGAUUUUAACUGGUAUCGAUUAGCUUCGUGGAUCAAUAUUACAGAGCAAUGGCCAUUUAGGACUUCCUGGAUCAUUCACCAUUUUGAUAUGUACGAAGAUUCUUUAGACGACAAUACAUCCUUGAAGUCAAUUUACGAUAAAAUACGCCCACAUAUUCCAAUUGUCAAAGACACUGAGCCACUUCUAGAAUUAGACAGAGACGAAAGAAAAUUUGACAUAUUUUUAAGUUACCACAGGUCAAGUCUUCUUGUCAGUGAUCUCAAAAUAUUCCUGCCAUUCACUAUCAACUUGGAUCCAUAUUUAAAGAAGGUUAUCAAAGAAGAAACUCAAAGUUUAGAAGACGACGGGCUCGUCAUGGGUUCCAUCAAGAACUCCAUGUCAGGAAACCACAGCAUGAGCAGUUGGAACAACUCAGAAUGGGUAUCUCCACGAACGAAUCUCUCGCGAAGAAUGAGAACAACGCCGAAACCUCAAAUGACGCCAAUGACUCAUCAUGGUACUCCUCAAACUUCAAUGAUGGGCCAGCCGAUGCAACAGAUGACUCCUUCUAUGUCCAGCUGGUCACAACCUUGGAACGAUUCUAUGGUUUAUAGACCGCCUAUGCCGUUGGCACCUUUAACUGUCGCUGAGCCCGAAAUUUUGGACAUAAAACUUUCAACGCUUAACGUAGAUGGCGUUACGAAGCUGUUAUCCAACAUGAGUGAUCUGAACACCAGUGCUGUAGGAGAUUAUACCAAGACUAUUAAGGAUAACAACAUAAACGGAAGGGUGCUGUUACAUUGUGAUUUAGAGGAACUUAAAAAGUUACUCAAGAUGAAUUUUGGCGAUUGGGAAAUGUUCAAAGUCAUGCUUGUUAUCUUAAGAGAACAAGAAAUUACCAGUGUAUUACAUCAAGAGGAAAUAAAACCAUUUAGAAUAAUUCCAAAAGUUGAAAGAAAAAAUAGCAAUAAAUCUAUAAACACAAGUGAGAAAGAAAAGGUACCAGAAGAUGGACAACAAAGACCACAAAGAAAACAAAGUAUUAUAGAAAAACAGGUGACUUUGGAAGAUCAGAUGAUCUGCGGCGCCCUCCAAACCUUAAACGAAGAAGCCUGCGAAGACGUGAUGGAGGAAACAGAAGACACCAAAAUAACCAUCGAGCCCGACGUGCCACAAACGUCCGUGAUUCCGCCCAGUCCAGACCAGAAUCAAGGUGAAUUUCGAAACGCAAUGACACCACCACCUAGUUCACUUAUCAUACCAUUGGUCAAAGAACCCUCAAGGCAGACAUCCUCAUUUAAUAACAUAGAUUUCCCCUCCAGAGGUUACCGUUCUCGUACCAACAGUACUAGCGGCAUAGGUGAGACAGAUUUUAUUUUGUUGCAAUCCUCGCCUGUAGGUCACAUGCAUUGGCAACCUAUCAGUAUCGGCGUUGCCGGUAAUUCGGAAAGUUUGAGCGAUCAUAGCUCGAGGUGCAGUUCUCAACCACCUUCUCCAGUUCCAGAAAGAAAAAUAUCCGUAGGCAGUAUGGGCAAAUAUUCAAAUUUAAAGUCCAGUUCCAGUGAAAAUUCAUCAAAAGGCCGCCACGUGGUCAUCAAAACUGAGUUGCCAGAGACUAAUCCUCGAAUAUGUAUUAGCACCACGAAGGCAUCAGUCUCAUACGAAACUCCACUUUUACAAGAACACAAGACAACUGCUUCACAGACAAAACAACGACCAAGCUCCUUGAAUUUCCACAAAGGAGAAAGACGGCUUAGAACUCGAUCUAAGUCUAUAGAUAAUAGUCCUAAAGGAGAAAAGAGAGAAAACAAGAUUAACCUUGAUACAUUACAUAGGUUAAAAGAGAAAUUGUUACAUUCUAGUCCAGACUUAAACGAGACCAGUGAUAACGAGAGCACACCUCUAGUAUCAGAAGUUUCUACACCAUCUAAAUCUGGACACAGUUCAGAGAUAAAAACACCCAGUUCUAGAAGUUAUCCCCUCUCGCCAGUGUCACAGAAGAGUUUAUCACCAGAAAAAGCACCUAAGGUUACUAGAAGCGAGCAAAAUCUUACAGACGCUACCGAAUUGAGUCAAAAUAACGUAUUUUCUGAAGGAUUUUCUGAAGGAAUGGGUGAUCAAAGCAAUAAUUACGUUGAAAGACGUAGAACAAUAUCAGACGAUAUAGGUAGCUCAGUUUCCUUGUACUUAGGUUCUAUUGAACGAAGUUGUAGUAAUUUUAGCGUACCUAGCUCCCAAAGUUCCGGUCGUUUGUCCAGACAGGACAACGUAGAAUCCCAGGAGAAUUUGACAGAUAUUUAUUGUGAUCCAGGUAGUAAGAACGAUUGAUCGGCAAGUUACUUAACUUUUGUGCUCCUUGUACUUAGCCAUCUCAAAGAAUUACAGUAUUUUUAGCAUAAGCAGAGUACUUUUGUUUACCAAAUGUUGUGAUUGCAAAUGUUAAUAUUAUGUAUCUGUACUUAUGUAUAAAAAAAGUAUAUUUUGAAUGACCAAAAUAAAUUGUUGUCUUUAAAAUUA